GGCAACACCUCCCACUAGAGCAACGUUGGAGUCACCUCGGUCCCUUCUGCGCACCACCGCCCACCACUGCGCACCGUCUUACACCACACACUGCGCCCACGUACACCACCCCCCCCUACCUCCCUCACCUCUACGCCCACAUAUCCCCCCCCACCUCCCUUACAUCUCCAUCUGUGACGUCACUGUAUCUUACCACCUCUCCUGUGACAUCACUAUAUCUUACCACCUCUCCUGUGACAUCACUAUACCUUACCACCUCUCCUGUGACGUCACUAUAUCUUACCACCUCUCCUGUGACAUCACUAUACCUUACCACCUCUCCUGUGACAUCACUAUAUCUUACCACCUCUCCUGUGACGUCACUAUAUCUUACCACCUCUCCUGUGACAUCACUAUAUCUUACCACCUCUCCUGUGACAUCACUAUAUCUUACCACCUCUCCUGUUGCCUCUCGUGGUCUCUUCAGCUCGACUUCCAAAGGGUCACAAUGUUACGGCUGAUGCUGAUAGCAGCAUGUGUGGCGGCCGGCGUGUGGUCCGCGGCUCUCCAGGUCCCCCGGGAAUCCAAACUCCUGUACACCAAGACCAUCGCCGCCUCCAUCAUCAGCAGCGCCCCACCCGGAGCUAGACUCAUCGGGACUCGAGGCGACCUUCCUCCACUCAUCGAGAGACUCAUCCACAACGCCACACGGAUUAGAUAUAAUAUUGUUGACACUUUUCGCUGUAAUGGCAGGGUAUAUGGUUAUUAUGCCGACCAGGAUAACGACUGCCAGAUCUUCCACAUCUGUGUCCCGAUGCAGCAAUUAUUCCCCGAUCUGUACGAUGCCGAGGACAUCUAUCAGUUCUCCUUCAUAUGUCCAGCGUACACCAUCUUCACACAGGACGCCAUGGUGUGUGCGUGGGUGGACUCUGCAUUCCCUUGUUCAGAGGCUCACCACUUAUACGACCGCAACAACAACUUCUUCGUCGUACCUGCAGAGGAAGUCUACAGAGAGGCCCCAGUAUCUACAACUACUACUACUACUACUACUACAACUGCAUCCACUACAACAACUUCUACUAGAAAGCCCGUGUCUCGACCAUUUUGGACAUACUUCCGUUCGACAUUAGCAUCGUCACCCAAGCCUACGACACAGUUCACCCCCACAGUCAAUCAGCCAAUCACACCACAGAUAGAACUACUACCACCCCCAUCAACGCUACCCCCGGAGACGACCCCACAAGAGCCAUCAACUACACUACUUCCAUAACCAAGGAAAAAAGUCCCUUACAUGUCUCUUUCUGUCACUUCAAAUCCUUGUCUUAAAGUCUCCAUCUCUUCCUUUAUCAGCUUCCUACUUUUAACACAAGAUGGCAGGUUAGCUUGGAGUCCCUUCGUUCGUUCAUCCAUUAACCUGUAAACAACAACGCUAAUGUAAAUAAAGCCACGAAAGGUUUUGAUUGGGUUAGAUAUGGCAACCUGGUGGCUAUGUUUGUAACUUAAACCCGAUGAAAGGUUGGGACAAUGACAGAGAAUUUCUAUUGUUCUUCUUGUACCUCUCGUCAUGUAGACUCAUUGAUUCAUUAUAUUUGUACGGUCACUCAAAAAACUCUAUACAAAAUUGUGUUGAAAAAAUAUAACAACACUGAAGGAUUUUGACAACACUAUAGAGACAACAGGAGUCACAGUGUUCGUUCUGAAAUUCAUCGAUCACCUCAACCCCACAAGUAGAGACAUUUAGAGUGACUGUACCUUAAUACUGUAACCAUUUUGUGGGAAAGACAUUUAGUUAUGUACUUACAGUGGGCAUUAUUACUCUUAAGUACUGUAAUUCUGACUCUUAGGGCAUUAAUCCAGCAUUAUGUAUUAUACUGUAUAUGUUGGAUAAUUUGAAGGCAUUAUAGCAUUAAGUACUUUACCACGAAGAGUAUCAUUAAAAUGUUAUAUUAGUUAGUGCAGUUAGUAAAUUGAUCAGUGUUUGCUAACUAUCCCCUAAUACUGUGUUAUAUAAGUUGUUGUGUCAGCGGAGACAACUUAACACAGCUUACCAUGGUUGUGGUUGGUGCAGCAUUUACAAUAAUUUAAUAAUGAUAUAAUAGCACAUUAACUACCAGUGAUGUUGUGUUGGCAGCAGUACCAACACUUAAGAGAUUGGUGUAAAUAACUCAUUAAUUCUGUUGUUGUUGUCAGUAGUACCAACACCUCAACACUGGUCUAAAUAACUCAAUAAUUCUGUUGUGUUGUCAGUCGUACCAACACUUAGAGAUUGGUGUAAAUAACUCAUUAAUUCUGUUGUUGUUGUGUUGGCAGUAGUACCUACACCUCAACACUGGGUUAAACAGCUCACUAACUAUGGGUGUACAGUAGCAACAACUUCUACACCUGUAAUCAAUAAUAGUUUUAGUCUGUACCUGAUAACACUGAUGCUAGUGAACCUGAUACUAUCUGUGUGUCUAUACUAACCUCUGUGUUAAUAUCGUGCCAAAAAUAAACAAUCACGUCAAAACAGA